UAUCCUCAAAAUACAGAGAACCGUUUAUUUUUUCCGGGGGUAUAUAUUGCUUUAAACAGAAAUGAGAUCGGUUCGGGUUUCUUUUUUAAAUCGAACAGGGGUGUGGGUGAAGAUAAUGAAAUAAACUACACCCACAUCAUCAUCCCACAUCACCCCCCACCCAAACCUUGCUUGCUCAAAAUUUUGUCUAUUUCGAAAAGAAAAAGUGCAACUAUAAAAUAAGUGGUUUUAUGUAAAUUGUAGAGCUUUUCACGCUGCAUCUUAUGGUAUAAUAUAUGGAAAAAGUUCUUAGAAAUUUUUCUAUUUAUAUCGAUAGGAAAAUUGCAGCGAACUUUUUUCCCAUAUCUUAGGUUUUGGAAUGAUUGGAUGCGAUUACCCGAACAACGUCGUGAUGGUGCUUGUAUUCGACCAGAAAUUUCACGUACAGUCAUAUCACCAGAAAGCCAAAAGACGUCACGUAUUGAUGCUUGUCCAGUUAUUACUAUAUUUGAUUUAAGUCAUUUGAAAAACGAUAUGAAAUGUGCUCAAUUAUGUCAUAGUAAUAAUAAAGAAUUUGUGGCGAUUGUUGAUACAUUAGAAAUAAUGAAUGAUUUAAAAAUUUAUUCGGACAAAGAUAUCGAAAAAUCAAAAAUUCGUCUUGAACAAUUUGAUCUUGGUUCAAAGGAAAGUGAUAUAGUUGAGAAUAUUGAAUUUGAUUUACCACCAUUAGAAAGUCAAGAUUUAAAUGAAUAUUUUGAAAUUAUUCCACGAAAACAAUCGAAACCAUAUAUUUCUCUAAUUAAUCAAUUAAUUAAGACUCAUAUUCUACCAAAACCAACGCAAUGGAAAUAUGCUAAACGAUGGACAAAAAUAAGUUUACAUAUAAUGUAUUCGGGUUUUACACAUGCACAACGAAUGCAAUAUCAAGCAUUUGAAAAAGAUUCAUCAUUAAAAAUAAAUGAGAAAGAUGAUGUAUUGAAAGAAAACGAUCUCGAUAAAAAUAGUUCAAAUAAUCUUGUAUCUAUACAUAAACUUUAUUGUAAACCAAGAGGAGUACCAUUAGGUAAACCAAUGCAACAAGUAUUUAUUGAUGGGAAUAUUUUUCAUGUUCGAAAACAUUUUCAGACAAAGCGAUUUUCAUCAGAAAAUAUUUUUUGUCGAUUUUGUUGA